CGGGCCGGGGCCGGGCCAUGGCGAGCGGGGCGCGGGGCGCCUGGAGCGAGUGGCCCGUGGAUCACUUCCUGCGCAGCGGGCACAUCGCGGCCCGGGACGGGGCCGCCGUGCGCUGGUUCCACGCCGCCAACAGCAGGGCCCGGGCGGCGGAGGCCGCGCGAAGCGACGUGCACAUGGUGGAGGUGGAUGUUGUGCUUCGGGGAGGGGACAGGGAGCCCAUCCUGGCUCACCCCCCUGACACCGACAGCGACAUCACCCUGCAGGAGUGGCUGGCACAGAUGGGCAGCACCGAUAAAGGCGUCAAGCUCGACUUCAAGAGCCUGGCCGCCGUGGGACCCUCUCUGGAGCUGCUGGGGCAGCUGGGGCAGGCGCUGCACAGACCCGUGUGGCUGAACGGGGACAUCCUGCCUGGGCCCUGCGGGAGCUGCGCGCCGCUGGACGCCCGCGCCUUCCUGGCCGCUGUCACCUCCUCCUGCCCCGAGGCCACCCUGUCCCUGGGCUGGACCACAGGCUGCCACCGAGGGCAAGGCUACGAGUGGCCGGCGGUGCAGGAGAUGUGGCGGCUGUGCCAGCCGCUGUCCCAGCCGGUGACGUUCGCGGUCAGGGCUGCGCUGGUGCCCGGCUCCGUCCCGCAGCUGCAGUGGCUGCUGCAGCAGUGCCACAGGUACAGCCUCACUGUUUGGACAGGAAAGGAGGACAUGUAUUCUCUAGAAGACUUGCUUCUCAUCCGAGACAAAUUUGAUAAAAGUAGGGUUUAUUAUGACAUUUUUGAGCCACAAAAUUCUGAAUUCAAAAAAGCCAUAGGAAUAGAGUAGCAAAUGCAAAGCAGGCAGUGCCUGACUCUGUAGUGCUUUUGCUGUGAGCCCCUGUAAACGUGAGGAUGUUUUUGUUCAAAGCCAGGCAGUGUCUGUGUAGGGAGCCCUCUCAGGCAGAAAUGCAGUGCCCUCCUCCUUGUCCCUGACCCGCGGUGCCACCCUCCAGGAGGGGAGGGUGGCACUGCCAGCUGCUCUGCCCGUGCUCACUGUGCCAUGGCCAGGGAGCAGCCCUGGCUGGUGCUGCCGGCUGGGCUGGCUGUGGCAGCAGUGGCAGCACUG